AUGGCGGACAGUGUGCAGGUUGAGGAGCCGCAACGGAGAGCUGUUGGAGGAAUUAUAACAACAGGAAGGAUUCACAAAGGUAUAGGUUUAGAUAAUUUAUAGACUAUUGAUCGAUUAAUGAUUCUCGAACGAUAAUCAAAACUAUUCGCGUUCGAGUGUUUAAAAGAAAAGUGAAGAAUAUUUUGCAUGUUCGAUCGAUCAAGUGAUCCAUAGAUUUUGGACAGUUUGACGAGGCCUUAGUUUCUUCGAUUUUCUCUCGGUUGAUUAAGGAUAAAAAGUAAACACCAGUAUGUUAAAAGCAUUUUAUCGAAGAAUAGUUCAAUGAACAUCGGCAGUUUUUUUAAAGCUGUUGUUUAUUGUUUAUGUUCCCUUCUAAUUUUUGUGCCAUACACUAAAGUAAUGUUAUUAUUAUUAUUAUUAUUAUUAUUAUUAUUUUCUUUUUCCAUAUUGAAAAGGUCAUGGCAAAACAGCUGCAUCGGCCUCUAUCCCCAGCAAAUAUCAGACAAUCGUGAGUGAUAAUUCAGAAAAGAAAGGAUUCCUUUCUAGAUCCAAACGCUUUGAAGGGUUUGAUGUGGUAAGUGUGUUCAUCUUUUCUAAAAUAAGAAUUGCUGUUUUUAUAUAUUUUGCCUAAGUCAAGUAUGUAAUUUGAUAUACCUGUAGCCGAAACUAUUGGUGCCCGAAUACUUUCACAUAUAAGUUUGAUCGUAAUUCAGCUUGGUGUGGAUAUGAAUGGUUGAUCGCCUUUUUGCAGUCAUGUAGAGGGUACAUUCUUGUCAACACAGUUGCGAAAUAAUUAUAUGGAGAGAUGGGAGUUGUGUCCUUUUGGAACUGAGAAAUCUGAGUGGGAUUUUGAGAACAGGGAUUGGACUAUGGCAGUUGGGAUUAGCAAAAUUAAAUCAUAAAGACUUCAUCACAUGAAACACGCAUAAGGUACAAAAUGUACUGCUUGAUUCCAAUUUGAAUUUUAUGCCAGAAAUUUCAAUUUAGCUGCAAUUGAGUCAUUUACAUUGUAUAAACAUCUGCACAUGAAAGUAGUUCAUAUUCAUGUAGGUCACUGGGACAGGAACAUUUUUUCCCCAUAGUAUCAUCUUAUUGACAUAUAACCUCAUAAUACUAUUAAAAGAUGGACACAACUUUUCAUCCCAAGGUAAUUUCUUAUUAUGCAACCUAUGCACAAUCAUUUCAAGGCUUUAACAUUCUCUCCCUCCCCCUUAAAUUGAUCAACGCUUCGGUAGACCAAGAGAGGAAGAGAGAGAGGAAAAUCAGUUGAAAUCUUGAUUAAAGAUACAAUUUGCUUAUUUUUGUGCAGAGUGUAAACCCAGGUCCUGGGACUUAUGGAGAACUAAAAUCAAGUGAAACUAGAAGCACUUCCUUCUCAAAGAAAGGAUUUGGUGGUUUUGUGUCCAAGGUAAGUGCAAAACCACUAGAACAAAGUGUUGUUCAAAUCUAACAAUGCUGAUUACACAGGCAUGGCAACUUGUAUUCAAGUAUAGUCUUUGUAUUUUGUAAGCGAAGUGCUUUGUGAUCUCCAUAUUGAAGUUCCUCCUCCUGUCAAACAAAUUCAAACUUGUCAAUCACUAGUUGUGCAAUGUCAUGCUUGUUCUUGUUUUCCUCAGGCAAAGCGUUUUCCAAGAGGAGUUCAGAAUACAGGACCAGGUCCAGGUACAUUUAAGACAUGAUCAGUGUGUCAUAAUGGUUUCCACCAUGUCUUUAAUAAAGUUUGAUUUGGUGAUUUAGUAUUUCACCCUUACAAAGUUGAUGUUCACCCUUCAACUCCAAAGAAGUGAUUAACAUGUAACUUCUCCCUAUAGUAUUUAUACAUUAUCCAGCAAACAGGAAAUGAGAAUUCUCAAAUUUAUCAGGUCGAAGUUGAUCCAACACCCAACUGUCAUUAUUUUUACACAGAGAUGUGUAGCAGCUAGAGGGGAGAAUUAACAAUCAGAUCUUGGGAGUUAACCCUUUAACUCCCAGAAGUGAUUAACUUCUUAUAAUAUCCAUGCAUUAUUCAGCAAACAGGUGAUGAGAAUACUGAAACUUAUCAGGAAGAAGUUUUUAUCUUGAUCUAACACCAAAUUCUCAUAACUAAUUUACAAGGAAGUCUGAAGCAGCUAGAGAGGAGAAUUAACAAUUAGAUCUUGAGAGUUAAAUGGUUAAGGGAUAAUUUCGAUAAAAAUCAUGAUACAUGUACCUGCCUCCUCUCUGUCAGGUUUUUAUGAUCCUUCAGUGCCAAGGGAAAACAAUUUCAACAAAUCUUCUGUUACAAGGUAUAAUUAUGUAAUUUUUAGUAUAAAUUGAAAAUUAAAUAACAGUGAGUUAUCAUAAUUUUUAUGCAUAUAUAAUGUUUAUGCAUAAUACAGUGUCUUAUAUCUACUGUCAAUCCCAUCCUAAGAGUUGAUCUACAUGACUGUGUAACACUUUUUCAGUGGUGAUCAAUUUUCAACUUUACUCUUUUGAAUCAUUUGGACUUCAGUCAAUUACAUGUCAAGAAUAAAGUCUACAUGUAUUAAAUUCAUUGUUAGCUCUCCAUUUACCUUAACAUUGGUUUGAUAUCUUCCCAUUCUCUUAAUAUAGGAAUUUUCAUCUUCCCAUUGCCCUUGAAAGAGACAACAAAAAAGGACAAUUCCCAGCACCAAAUCAGUACACGGUAACCCAUUUCAUUCUAAUUGUUAACCCUGUCAUCCCAAGAAAUGUUUAAAGUGUAUUUUUUCUUCUUGCAAUUUCAAUCAUUUAGUUAUCUAGUUAACAAGUUAUAAGAACAGAGAAGCUUAUGAGCUAGAGGGUGUUAUUUUGAAAUAAGACAAAAUUCUCCUUAUUUACAAGAAAAAGUGUGAGUUGGAUCUUGAGACUUUAAGGCCAUGUUAAAAUGUCAAUACUCAUGGAAGUAAGUUCUACUUAUGGCUCUAAUGAUCACACCUGACAAUGGCUCGUACUGGGGUUGUCAAAAUGUCACUUAAAAACAAUUUAUUUUGGACAGCUACUUCACAGAUGAUCAAGUUAUGUAAAUUAUAGACUGAUUGAAUGUACAUUGUACUAUAGAAUGGAUAUUUGACAACAAAGUGUUGGGUAACCUUGCAAUGAAGACAUUAAUUUUUUCAUAGUUUUUAGACCACUUCAUUAUAAUGUAUUUCAUUUAUGGUCUUUUUUCCGUAGUGGAAGUUAAUAACAAUUAGUGAAACACAGUAAUUCAGUUGCAAAUAACCAUGUAUUCGUGUUAUUUUUUUUUUUUUUGCACAACAGAUUGGUCGCACAACAGGAAGAGUUGUUUAUGAUAACAAUGUUGCAGCCUGUGCUGCAUUUCAGUCCAGGUACAGUGUAAGAAGACUUGAAUCUGUUGCAUCAUUAAGGUUGUUGUUUGAAUGUUAUUUUCUUUCAAUUUGGACCCAAAACUUUUUAAGAGGAAAUAUGAUUUGGAGGCUUUUAUCAUUCUUCUUUGUCUAUUACCUUUCUCUUCUUUCUCAAAUUCCAGUGCCCUGUAAAGAUUUAACCUUUGUAGUCCCUUCCCCAUGGGGUUUGUGGUGAACUUUCUUGAGCUGCACAAUAAGGGGGACUGAUAUCAAAUAUCACAUUCAAUUUAUGCAUGGAUCAAAAAAAAAAAAAAAAAAAAAAAAAGACUGCUUACAGAAUACACAGUAAGAGGAAAUUGAUUUGGAUGUGCAGAAGCCUCACCUCUUUGAAAGAGAUUGAAAUAAAGAUUAUAGAUCACAGGAUACACCCAUUUUUUCCCCAAAGAAUAAUUUCCACUUUUGAAUAUAGAUCCAAAAGAUCAAAGGACUGGAGUGCAGGAGCAAUCUAUGGACCAUCUCCAUGUAAGAAAAUUCUGUCAUUAUUUUGUACUUUGUCCAAGUUUUUCAUGGUCAAACUGAACUGUGAAACAAAAUUAAGUCAUGCUGCUUAAGCUAAAUAUACUAAUAACCAAAAACCCCACAUACAGCUAUUUUAAGUGAGUUUUGGGUAGCACUGUAUAGCAAUCAAUAAAGCUGGGUCUUCAACCCUUUAACUCCCAGAAGUGAUUGACAUGUUUCUUAUCACUGCAAGAUCUGUACAUCGUUCAGAAAAAGGGUAGAGGGAAUACUCAAAGUUAUCAGGUAGAAGUUGUUGCCUUGAUCUAACACCAAAUUCUUGCACCAGUAACUAAUUUACAAGGAAAUGUUUAGCAGGCAGAUGGGAGAGUUGAAAAUCAGAUCUUGUGAGUUGAAGUGUUUAGAGAACCAAAAUGUAGGUGGAAGCUGGUGAUGUGAAGAGCAUUAUGUUCUGAUACAUUAGGAAAACAUUUUUCUGGCUGGAGCUAAAGUAAUUGAAACUAAAAGUUAUGGAAUUUAUAAGCAAUUUGGCUUUAGAUGACUCAAAUUAUUCUUUAGCUGUUACUCUUUAAGAGGAACCUGAAAAAUGUGUGCUGAGGAGUUUAACCCUUUAACCCCUAAGAGUGACUAGCAUCUAAUUUCUCCUUACAAUAUCACAGCCGAGUCAAACAUUAAGGUCAGAAGAAUAACAGAAAUGAUCGCAAACUGAAGAAGCUCUUGAUCUUCAAACAAUUUCUUCUUGUUUGUAUCAUUAUAGGAAAUGUGUAGAGAACAGUGUGGAGAAUAUGCAAAUUUAUGUUAGGACGUGAAGGGUUGAAAGGAUAGUAAGGAUAGGUUGAUUAUUCCCUUUCGGAAGGGAAAUGCAAGCGGGGUCGCCCCAAGAUCACAUGGCGACAGACAGUUGAGAAGGAAAUAAAGGAGAUGGGGAAGACCUGGGAGGGCAUCAAGUUCAUGGCAAGGGAUCGCCAGAUGUGGAGGGAACACAUUGCUGCCCUACAUGCCUGUUAGGCGUAAAGGACAUGAGAGAGAGGGAGUCCCUUUCGGAAACAAUAGUGAUGCUCCUCGUUUCUUUACUAUUCAUAAUUUUGCUACUGCAUGUACACAAUGUGUGAGAAACUGUAUGCUUUGUGGCUAUGUGGGCCUUAGAUUUCCAUUUACCAAUUAUUUAUACUUCCACAGGUCAUUACACAAUCAAUGACAAGCUGGUAACAGAUUCACCCAAAAUUGCCACUGCGCCUUUUAAGUCUACAACAGAGAGAAAAAUGAUGCAGUCUCCUGUACCAUACCCUGGGCCUGGGUCAUACAAACCCUUUGGAACAGCAGAACGACAAACACUAAAGCAGCAGCAACAGCCGCAGCAGAGUGGAUUUCAGUAAGUACAGCUUGGGGGCACUCACUCACUAUCCCUACAUGUAUAUGAUCAAUUCAGAACAAAAGAGAUGUUACAGGCUCUAAAGUGCAAGUGAUCUACCAAUUUUGCUGUGUUUGACACCUCCUGAGAGCCAAUCCAGUGGUGGUGGUGUGUGACAAAGUUGUAAAAAACCUGUACCCUCAAAUAAUGUUCAAUUCAUGACCUUGUUCAAGGCAAACAUUUGUCAUAGAUUGCGGCCUGUCAACCUUAUGAACCACAACUGGUUUAUUUGAGAAUUUUCACAAUACCAUGAUUUACCCAAUAAAAGUUUUGUGUAAACCAUGUGUUGCAAAUUCCCACACCCUGCUUACAUUGGAAGAUAGAGAGUGACCUAUUUUCCAGGCUCAAACUGUUGUGGUCAUGGCUGCAUUUGAAGUGCUAGUUGCCGAAUAAUAUUAAAUAUUCAUUAAUUUCCCAAAACAACUGAAUUUCAAUUUGGCUUUUUGAGUGUAAGCCCAAUAAAUGGUUCACUAAAAUGUGUGACUGUUUAAAUACCUUGAACAUUCAGAGGAUAGAAUCUUCCAUGCACAUAAGUUAUGCAUACUUUAAUAACCUUAAGCCCAAACAGCUAAAGGUUUAAUGGAGAUGAAAAAACUUAUUGCAUUGUUAAUACUGGAGAGAUGAAGGACAUGAUGUCAAAAUAACUUUUAUUACUUCCUUAAUCUUGCAGUAACAAGCACUAUUUGUGUAUCUCUGCACCUGCCAUGCCCCUCCCACCCCUAGAGCCUAUGCCAGGACCUGGUCAUUACAAUGUGGUUGACUAUGAAGGCCCCCCUAAACAUUACAUGUCUGGCUCAGCUUUUGUAUCAACAACUAGUAGGUGGUCAGGAGGGGCACCUGGAGAGGAAGAGGCCCCAGGGCCAGGUGGGUACAUGUUAUUUAGAUUUGGCUGUCAAUUCCUGUAAAGUACAAGAGGCCACAUGGAGUGAUCUGUGACUCUUGCUGUGCAUCCUAAAGCUCUAGAUAGUUAAACAAAUUCUUGUUGUCAGCACUCAAGGAAUUGUAUGGAGAACAGUAAGGAGAAUUUGCAUACUGAUGUUAAGGUGUAAAGGGUUAAAUGUCCAGUUGUUCACACUUGUAACAUAAAACAGGUAGUGGUCAGGUUUGAAAUGAACAACACAUUCUUACCAGUUUUUUAGGCCCUAAAAAUAAGCCAGCAACUCAUCUCAUACAGCAUUCAUUUAAGUAGUGCAAUGAAUGUUAAAGUUUCGCUUUUUUUGAUUGGUUUUAGCAACCUAUCGACCACAGCAUUAUGGAAAACAGUCAUUCAUCUACAACUCACAUGGAAGAUGGAUAUAGCAUUUGUUAUUAUUUAAUAGUGAAAAAUCCUAUUUAUAUUAUACUGUAAGACAAUGAAAACCAAAAGAAAAUAUAGUACUUCCUUGCUUAGGGUUUGAUACAGCAAAUUACACAUAAAGAAAAUGUAAAAUCAUGUAUUAAAAUUUUUUUUUUGCAUAAAGAAAAUUUUCUUGCAGUUUUCCCAUCUUCCCUGGUUUAAAAGAGUAUUUUUAUCAAUUGUUCAUUCACUGUUUAUAGAUUGUUUGUACAUACUUCUGAGACUGUAUAAUUUUUAAAUGUGUACAGAAAAUAUAUGCAACCUACAAAAAAAAAAAUCUGGGUCUCAAAAUCACCUUUUAAUUUGGCUAAUUGGAGUGUCAAUUGGAGUGUCAAUUUGAGUCACAAAUAUCAGAAUUUGCCUGUGAAUAAACAUUUGGUAUGUGAAAAUUAUUUUUGUUAAACCACAGUGCACAAAAUUAGAUUGGUUUUUCAAGUGUUGUUUGCAACAUGUUAACAGUGUCACAGCUGUGAACAGUUUGCAUGGUGAAAAAAACAUUUUCACCCUUUCAUUUAAGUCGAAACAGUUCUACUUUACCAUGGUAAAGCAAACAAACCUAGACUCAACAAAGAGAUGAUAUAUCAUGAAUUUAUUUUUGUAAAUUAAAAAAAAGGUUUGUCUUUGUACAAAAUUGUAUGUAAUAAAAUAGAAA